CCUCGCACUUUGGACAAUCCUCCAAAGCAAUGCCCCGACCGUUUGCAUUGAACAAAUAUAACUCGCUUCUUGAACUGCUUCGAACUUCUGUGACAGCUUCGAUGAUUUUCUCCUAGCAUAACCACGAAACUUGGAGUCUAAUUCUGCACCGAGUCGUUUGGAUUGCGUCUCAACAUUGAAUAACACCAUUUUGAGUAUCUAACAGCCGUUUCCUCCGCUUCACUACCUGGUUGGAUGCAGGAUGAUUACAAUGUUUCUACUAUAAAUAUACUUGCGAAUGUCGUUCCUACCAACCUAGCAAAGGACUUAAGUUGGGCGAUCAUUAUUAAAUAAUUAGGUUUUUACUUAUUACUAACCUAGACAAGCAUCACGCCCCGGCAAUUGGUUGAGACGAUUUUGGCCGCAUGGUUGAGAUGGCCAGAAACGGCCACAAGAGUGACCCACAUCUGCUGGUUUGCCUUCUAUAUAUACCUACCUAUAUAUACAAUCAGCACUAAAUUCCUUACGAAUAUUGGAUGCGAUAUCAACCCUCAGGGCAUGACUGAUUCAAAAUGUCACGUCCUAAUCGGCAUACUCUUUUUGUUGAUGAUGAUGCUUUGCUCAGUGGCAACAACGUUCCAGAGCAACGGGUAUUACCCCGCGGAACGUUACUGUUACCCCACCAAACGUCGCAGCCACGUGCCAGUGGGGACAAGCCUCCUCGGCCCCAAAGCAGAUUCCCAGUCAAACGAGUCUCGGAGGAGGGGGGGCGGCUUGUUCCCGUCAUUAGCGGCUCACCAUGGAAUCACUAUGAAAAUAGAUAUCGGGUAAGACAUGGCUCGUCGUUUGGCAUUAUCACGUCUCGCCGCGAACCAUGCCGGCAGUCAAUGAUUCGCACGAUUUCCGGGCGCAAUGCCGAUGAACAGAUCCAGAACAUCCGUCAACUCUGCCACGAAAAUAUCGUCAGGAGCAUAGAGAUUUACGCGUGCUCCGACGCAGGCUAUUUUCUCAUCUCCGAAUUUAUGCCAACUUCCCUUAUGCAUCUCUGUCGAGCACCAAUUUACCCAAAUGAGCCACAGCUGAGUUCCAUUCUGCAUCAAGUCCUCUCUGGAGUCGAGUUUCUCCUCGCGAACGGCUUCGUUCACGAGCAGCUGUCAUGUGCCAAUAUUUUAGUAAAUUUUGAUGGCGAUGUUAAAAUAUGUGAUGUCGAACGUUGCACUGGAUCAGGUGACACUUCAAAGCUUAUGGACUCGUUUUGUAGAGUAAUGAUGAGGCUGAUGGAUAAGGAGAAGAACACGGCGGGAGUGGUCGGAUUGACGCGCCCUGGAGAUUGGUCGCAGGAAGCCGUUGAUUUAUUCACUUUGACAACUAUUAGACCUAGCGUCAAGCAGCUGUUAAGUCACGAGUUUAUGGGAAGGAAGGACAAGCAGGAGCUGGUCUGGCUGAUCCCUCUUGUACUAAUCACUGCGCAUCAUAAUAGAGAGUAGGCGUACACACUCCCAUUUUAUCUAGAAGUAAA